CCUUAAUUCCUUUGUUUUCUAUCCUAAAUUUGGUUAAAAUUCCUUCUUUAUUACCCUUUGAGCCUGAAGAAAUCGUGAGGCCUACAGGAAGGGGUUGAAAAUUAGCGAGAGUUGAGAAUGCUAACAUUCGUGUGCUUCGUUUUCAGAAGAGGUACGAGAUUUCUAACCAAGAACGUUGAAACACGCAACAGUUUUAAAUGGCUUACAACAUCUGGUUAAUCUUUAGUGUUGCCUUAGCAAACUGCGGCUAUUUACGGGCGGAAAUCUAUGAAAAAAAGGAUAAGGGUGAUCGAAUUUCUCUCCAUAUCGAUGGAAACAUCACACUUGGAGGUCUCUUUCCAGUCCAUCGCCGUAGUAGUGCGACAGAGAACGCUUGUGGGGACAUAGACCUACUUCCUGGAUACCAGUACCUCGCUUCCAUGCUGUAUGCUCUUGAAGAAAUAAACGACAGUCAGGACAUUCUUCCAGGAAUUAAGCUCGGGGCGAAAAUAUACGACACUUGCCGAAGUCAGACGAUUGGUUCCCAAGGCGCAAAAGAAAUAAUCAAGUACACUCUUAGUGAAGAAAAUAGCAUUGCACCGCUAGCAGGUGUCGUCGGACCAUUCCGAAGUGACGUGUCUGUAGCUGUUGCAAAUUUGCUACGUGUCUUUAACAUCCCUCAGGUCAGCUACGGCUCAACUACCCCAGUUCUAAGCAAUAAAGAUCUCUACGGUUACUUUUUACGCACUGUCCCGUCAAAUUCGUAUCAGGGCAAAGCAAUGGUGGAUGUUGUUCGUCACUUUGGAUGGAGUUACGUCAUGACCGUGUAUUCCCCGGGGGAGUAUGGAGAGAGAGGGAUGGUCAAAUUCUAUGAAGAGGCAGAACGUGCGGGGAUUUGUAUUGCAAACAAGAAAAAACUUCCUUCUUUCCCGACGGAGGAAGAUUUUGACAAAACCAUUCAAGAACUCCUUGAAAUUAGGAAGAAGAAUUUCCGCGGAAAACUAGAUGCUGUUGUUCUGUUUUGUAUUCAGCGAGAUAAUAAAGGCUUAGUCCGUGCAGCACAAAAAGUGUUGAAAAAUGGAGACAGAUUUUAUUGGCUUGCAAGCAAUGCGUGGGGAGAUCGAAAACAAGUAACAGACGGAGCAGAAGAAGCAGGUGAGGGAGCCAUCACUAUGAAUUAUAUUGAAGGCGAAGUUGACUCCUUCAAGAAAAAGUUUUUGAACAUGAAACCGUCCCUGAACAAGUACGGUCCAUGGUUUGAAGAAUUCUACCAAGAAACAUUGAAGUGUAAGCUCAAAAAUGCCUCAAAACCUAAUUACAAACGGGAAUGUUCAGCAAAUGAAUCUCUUCCUAAUGACAUGGAGAUCGGGCCUGUCCGUGUUGUGAUAAAUGCUAUGUAUGCUAUGGCGCAUGCACUCAACAACAUGCAUUUGACACUGUGCUCUGGACAGCAUGGUCUAUGCAACAACAUGAAGAAUCUGAAACGGGAACAAUUCUUGACCUUUUUAAAGAAUGUGUCUUUUCCAGAUGCGUCACUUGGUUUUAACGUGACUUUCAACCAAAACGGAGAUGUAGAUGGAAAUUAUAACGUGCUGAAUUUCAAAAAAGUGGAUGGACGAUAUAGGCACUUUAUCGUUGGAAACUGGAGCGGCGCAUUGAAUGGGGAUGGAAAAAUCCAAGGAAAAAUCAGAUUAGAUGACGACAAGAUUGUGUGGGGUGGAGGAAAAAAAAUCACUCCAUUAUCUUAUUGUAGCAAAACGUGUCCGGCCAAGCAGAUAACAAUUCCAGAAAUUACCAACGCUCGGUGCUGUUGGCGAUGCGAGGGCUGCAGUUCGAAUGAUAUCAUUAUAAAUAACACAUGCUCACUUUGUGGAGAAGGAAAGAUACCAGACACUAACAGGACAAAAUGCUUCAAACUGCCAGUUGUCUCCCCGACUUGGAGUGACACUCCUGCGCAAGUUUUAACCGGAUUCAUAUCUGCUGGAAUUAUUGCCAGCAUUGCCACUGCUGUGAUUUUCAUCUUGGAAAGGAAACACCGCAUUGUAAAAGCCUCUGGAAGAGAGCUUAGCGCAAUUCUAUUCAUGGGAGUCUUUUCGUGUUAUAUUGCCGCGUUAUUGCAUUUUGUGAAACCGCAGACCACAAUCUGUGGCGCCAAACGCUUUACUGACAGUGUUUCAAUGACAGCAUGCUACGCGCCUGUCUUAUUACGAACAAACCGCAUUUAUCGCAUAUUCAAGGCUGCCCAGAAGUCAGUUCGGCGACCGACGAUGGUAAGCCCACUGUCACAAACAUUUGUAGCCCUUGGUAUUAUCGCUUCUCAGUGUCUAAUAACAAUGAUAUGGGUUUUAUCAAAACCUCCCCUGGCUGUGGAAUAUUACGGCUAUAAAGACCGCGUAAUUCUAGAGUGCAGCACGGACGACUUCAGUUUGGCAAUAAACUUGUGUUUCAACGUCAUUUUAAUGUUUAUCUCGACCGUGUAUGCAUUUCGAACCCGGAAUUUUCCAAGAAAUUUUAACGAAGCUAAGUAUAUCGGCGUGACGAUGUACAUAUCAUGUUCUGUGUGGAUAGUGUUCCUUCCUUGUUACCUAAACGCGGCUGACAGCAUUUGGAAAUCUUACUUUUUGUGUAGUUCACUGUUUCUCAUUGGAACAAUAACUCUGCUAGGACUUCUGGUGCCAAAAGUUUUUCUUGUUUAUUUUGGCACCACAGUUGAACCGUGUGGGGAUACUACACUUACAGGGACAAUGGAUGAUAAGAGCAGAAGCGAACAUCGUAGGGAUACUAUGACCAUGGUGUCCUAAUUAUGAAUUCCUUAAUUAUAGUCAUUUAUAAGCCAAGUCCCCAAGCUUCCAAGUUAACCAACACAACUUAGAAAACGAAAAAAGAACUCGGCUAUAAGCCUGCAAGGCAAUGAGACCUUUUGUCUCAAUCAAUGGCGACCGAGCGAAGAUCAGCAAAGUUAUAAAUUAGUUAUUCAAAAUGUGCAAUGUAAUGUGUUGGCGAAGAAAUUUGUGAGCAAAACUUUAAUUCAUGCUUGAUGGCAGAGUAAUAAGCCCGAUUUGAAGGCCAUGAUUAUUUUAGGUGAUUUCU